UCGCCUAUUUUCAUUCGAGUGAUCUCGCGAAACUACACUGGUUCGAGUCGCAUCUAGUCAUCAGCGAGACUUCGUCAUCUUAUUGUUUUAAUCGAUCAGUCGUGACGCGCGUGCUAAUUAUUCAGUAUAGAAACUCGCAAGCUCGACUAACUCGUGGCUGGAUCUCGUAGGACCGAACCAGUUACGUUCGUCUUCGUCAUCUUUAAUCGUACAAUUAUGAAAGCUGGAGUACCAUUUAGAGGUGACAUGGUCGAACCUAUACCACCAGAGGUAGACGAGGAAUACGCAUCCGACUACGAACCUCAAAACGAAAACCCUAUACCACCAGAACACCUUGGAGAGGACACAGUAGAUAACGACGGAGACGAUUCUUCUUCCGAUGGAAGCCCCCGUGUUUCCGAUGACGAAAACGCACUGGAUUCUGACGACGAUUCCGCACCAGGAGAUGAAGGAUCGGAAAAUGAACAGGGUUCAAGAGUCGGACGCCGUCGAGUAAUUCAAUUUGAAAAUAUUAAUAAUGAAAUUGGGCCAUUAUACAUCACGGAUCAUCCUCAGAGACGAUCAAACCAUACGUAAUUUCCAGUAAUUAUGUUGGAAUCGUGAAAAAAUAUUUGUCUUAUUCAUAUAGCAAAGUCUUUAUUAGAUUAUUAAAUUUAAUAAAUCAAAGUAUUGUAAUUAAACUUAUAAGUCAAUCAAUUGUAAAAUAAACAUCAU